GCUCUCCUUUCUCCCAUCUUCAACCUCACAUUCUCACUCGCAUACCCCCAGGACGACGCCGCUUUGCACAACGCCACAAUACCUCCCGCUCAGUUAUGCUCUAAGAGUGAAAGGUAGGAUGAAUAUGGCGUUGUGUUCUUCAACAGCUUCAGAGCUGACAUGCCAUUAUGUUGUGGGUUUGAGGGGUAAAAAUGGGACCUUAGAUGUGUGCAGGCCUUUUGUAAGAGUAGGUGAUUGUUAUUCUAAGAAGGUUCAUGUUCAAGUAACUAGCCAGUUAAUGCGUGGACACUUAGAAGGGUCGUUUAUGGGAAAGAAACGCCUCGAGGAGUCCAGCAGGAAGCUUGAAUUUGUUAGAACCUUGUUGAUUGACAACUAUGACAGUUAUACCUACAAUAUCUACCAAGAGCUUAGCACCAUUAAUGGGUUGCCUCCUGUUGUCGUGCGCAAUGAUGAGUGGACAUGGAGAGACAUCUGUCAGUACAUGUAUGAAGAGAAUGCAUUUGAUAACAUUGUAAUAUCACCUGGACCUGGUUCUCCAGCAUGCCCAGCAGAUAUAGGAAUAUGUCUUCAACUGCUGCUUGAAUGCUGGGAUGUACCUAUUUUGGGUGUUUGCCUUGGCCACCAGGCCUUAGGUUAUGUGCAUGGUGCUGAAAUUGUUCACGCACCUGAACCUGUCCAUGGACGCUUGAGCGAAAUUGAGCAUAAUGGAUGCAAACUAUUUCAUGAUAUUCCUUCUGGCCAGAAUUCAGGAUUUAAGGUAGUUCGAUACCAUUCACUUGUAAUAGAUUCAGACUCACUCCCAAAGGAACUGAUACCUAUAGCUUGGACCACUUCUGAUGACAAUCUUUCUUAUUUUGAGAACCUGAAGUUUGGUGUUAUUCCAGAUGCUUGUGGGAGUCAGACCAGGGAAAAAAUCCUUGCUGAUGGUAUUUCAGCACAGUUAAAAAAUGGGCGUUAUCUGCCUUCCAUUCAUUCUAAUGGGAGGCAGAACAAAAAAGUUAUCAUGGGUAUCAUGCAUUCUACCAGGCCUCAUUAUGGUGUGCAGUUUCAUCCAGAGAGUAUAGCAACCUGUCAUGGGAGCAAGAUAUUUAGAAAUUUUAGAGACAUAACAGAAGAUUAUUGGUUGAGAUGGAGGUCAUCAUACAUUAUGGAGAGAAAUGCUCACUAUACUGCAUGUAUGCAGGUGCCCCUUUCUAGUCAAUUGCUCAGAGAAAUUCCUAGAAAUGGGCAAUCUGGGAAUCAUUCAGAUGAACUUUAUAAACAAGCUCCUCGACAUGGGGAAGUAGCCUUCGGUGCAGAGGAGAGUAGUUUUGGAAUGUUUAAUAUGGUUAAUUUUCAACAUCCAAGUAGUGGAAUCAAAUUUCUAAAGCUGAAAUGGAGAAAAUUUGAUCGUUUGGCAAGUCAAGUUGGUGGGCCAAAAAAUGUUUUCUGUGAAUUGUUUGGCGACAAUAAGGCUGAAAAUACCUUUUGGUUGGACAGUUCAUCGAUAGAGAAGGGAAGAGCACGCUUCUCAUUCAUGGGGGGUAAAGGCGGAUCUCUCUGGAAGCAAGUAACAUUUAGAUUGUCUGAUCCAAGUGAUAUGGAUCUUAAACGUGGGGGUCAUCUAUCGACUGAAGAUGCUCGAGGCUCUACCAAAAACUCAUUUUUGGAAGAAGGUUUUUUUGACUUUUUGAAUAAGGAGCUUGUGUCAUUCCGGUAUGAUGAAAAUGAUUAUAAAGGAUUGCCAUUUGACUUUCAUGGUGGAUAUAUUGGUUACAUUGGAUAUAACCUUAAAGUUGAAUGUGGUGUGUCAUUUAACCGUCACAAAUCCAGGACUCCUGAUGCUUGCUUCUUCUUUGCUGAUAAUCUUGUAGUUAUUGAUCAUUAUCUUGAUGAUGUUUAUAUAUUGUCUUUAUAUGAAGAAAGCACGGCAAUGACUCCGUGGUUGGAUGAUACAGAAGAAAAGCUUAUCAACUUAAAAACUUCUUCAAUUAGAAAUUUUGAGCAGACUUCACAAGCUGCAAAACUUUCUCUGUGUAAAACAGCCUUUGUUUCCGACAGAUCCAGAGAGCAUUAUAUAAGGGAUGUUAAGAACUGUCUGAACUACAUCAAAGAUGGAGAAAGCUAUGAGUUGUGUCUCACGACCCAGUUAAGAAAAACAAUUAGGGAAAUAGAUUCUUUGGGGCUCUACCUUCACCUUAGAGAAAAAAACCCAGCACCUUAUGCUGCCUGGCUUAAUUUUUCAAAGGAAGAUUUAUGCAUUUGUUGUUCUUCACCUGAGAGGUUUCUACGAUUGGACAAAAAUGGUAUAUUAGAGGCGAAGCCCAUCAAGGGUACCAUUGCACGUGGCUCUUCACAGGACGAAGAUGAAAAGCUCAAGUUGCAGCUGCAGUACAGUGAAAAGGAUCAGGCUGAAAAUUUGAUGAUUGUUGAUCUUCUGAGGAAUGACCUUGGUCGUGUCUGUGAGCCUGGAUCUGUACAUGUUCCCCGUCUCAUGGAUGUGGAAUCUUAUGCAACAGUUCAUACUAUGGUGAGUACAAUUCGCGGGAAAAAGCUAUCAAAUGUUAGCCCAGUUGACUGUGUAAGAGCUGCAUUUCCAGGAGGUUCAAUGACUGGUGCACCAAAGUUGAGAUCAAUGGAACUUCUUGAUUCUAUUGAAAGUUGUUCGCGAGGUAUCUAUUCAGGCUCCAUCGGAUUUUUCUCAUAUAAUAGGACAUUUGAUCUAAACAUAGUUAUAAGAACAGUCAUCAUACACGAGGGUGAAGCUUCUAUAGGGGCAGGAGGGGCUAUUGUUGCUCUAUCUAAUCCUGAAGAUGAAUACGAAGAAAUGAUUUUGAAAACACAUGCUCCAGCAAAGGCUGUGAUGGAAUUCGAUUGAGGAUUAAUACCAACAGAGUAGGGUAGUAACAUUCUUUGUUGUACUUUUACAUAUAUUCACUUACAGUAUACGUGGUGCUGCAGAGAACUGCAACACCAAAUGUAGUUUAGCUCAAUUUAUUGUUUGAUUAAUAUUUGUUUUACCAAAACGGAAAAUAUUUUAUUUUCCAUACAAAAGCA